AUGCCCAUCAAGUCAAUCUUCAGCAGCGCCCUCGUCGGGUUGCUUGCUACGAUACCUCUCACAUCAGCGCACACGUGGGUCGAACAGUUGAUGGUUAUCGCUCCGAACGGGACUUUGGUAGGACAGCCAGGCUUUGCACGCGGGAAUGUCUUGCGCGGUACUCCUGGAUUCAGUGAUCCCACCAUGGUCAAUCUCAUCCCACCGGAUGGGCGUCCCAUCAACCAAAUCCAACCCAGCGAUCUCAUGUGCAAAUCCUCGCAAACCUCUCAAACCCAAACCGACGGUUCUCCGAGACUUCAGGCGGCUGCUGGAGCGGGUGUUGCGCUGCGAUUCCAAGAAAACGGCCAUGUUACUUUGCCAGACAACCAGCCCGGCAAGCCCCCGAAUCGAGGCACAGUCUAUGUUUACGGCACCACUCAAGCUAGCCCGGAUGACUCUUUCCUCGCCAUCCACCGUGUUUGGACUCCUGAUGGCACAGGCGGUGAUGGUCGGGGUCGCCUUUUGUCCACUCGCAACUUCGACGAUGGUCAAUGCUAUCAAGUGAACGGCGGUCAAAUCUCUCAACAACGUCAACAAACGUACAAGCAUCCUGCCGAUGAUCUGAUGGGCCAGGAUCUUUGGUGCCAGCAGGACAUCCAGAUUCCAGCCGAUGCACCGUCCGGUCAGCCGUACACGCUCUAUUGGGUUUGGGAUUGGCCCACCUUGCCAGGCACUCCGGGUUUCCCCAAUGGCAAGCAAGAAAUCUACACCACCUGCAUGGAUGUCGACAUCGUUGACAGUACCGGAGUGGAUUCGGUCUCCAAGGCACAAGUCGGCUGGGAACAAGGCCAACCCCUUGACAAUGCUGCCGUGUCCGCUCAAAUGACCGACCUUGCCAAUCCUACUGCUGUCACAGGUCAGACUAUCCCCUUCACCAACGUGCCCACGACUUUUCUUACGCAAACUGUAUCGCCGACGCCUACCACCCCCGCGCUGACUUCUUCUUCCACAGGUUCCACCAUUGCCUUCUCUGCCUCAGCGACAGGUCCCGUUUCCGGCGGUGCAAGCGAAGCUAGUGUCUCCGCUGCCACAGCGACUGAGACGGGUGUGCCUGCCUUCCUGAGCGUUCACGUAGGUUCGACAGCUGGACCAGGCAUCGAGACCCAAACCUUCAGUGUCAUUCCCAUCGGCGUGUUCACCACUACUACUGAUGCUGCCCAGUCGCAGCAGAGUGGUGGACGUGGCGGCGAGGGCAACAACAACGGUAAGUCAGCCCUCCCGUGGAUCUUCCGCGUACUUGCCAAAUGGUUGGAGAGCCUAGCUGCUGACUCUGGCUCCUCCUUAGAACCCCAAGUGACAGCGGCUCCAAAUGCCGCCGGCAACGUCGCCGUGGCGACUUUCACCGAGUACGAGUCCGUCUUCGAAACCGUCUACCAGACAGUGUAUCAGACGCAGUACACCAAGCGAAGCGCAGGUGAGUCAUACUAUUCCACUGCCUCUGAGUCUGGGGACGACGAUUAUGCCUCCCCUACGACGUCUGGAUACACCCACGUUCACACCCACUCACAUUCUGCCCACUGCUUCUGGUGCCCAUCUGGCUCGGCAUAUCCAAAGUUCACUCAUCCUAGUGGUCCACCGCCUUGGCUCAGUGGCGCUUGGGCUUCCAGGACUCAGUGGCCUCAUUCACAUCCCACUGGCGGGGCGAGACAGAGCCACGGCAGCACCGAGUAUGGCGGCAGGCAUGGCUACGACAAUGAUGGCUCCAGCAACUACACGACCACUGCGACGGCUGAAAGCACAGUCACAGUCGCAAGCACAUUGACUUUGACGACAUAUGUGCCCUCGGCUUCAGCCGCCGCCGCAGUAAUUCCUGUGUCCCCGUUAUCCGCAGUAACGGAGACAACCACGACUCAGAGCACAGUCAUUCUCACCAGUGCAUUAACAUUGACGACAUACAUGCCAUCCCCGUCUGCCUCUGCCUCUGCCUCUGGUGUUGCCGGCGCUGUCGCUGGCUCAGUCGAAUCAGCGCCGUUAUCGAGCAGUGCCCAACCCUUCCCACCUCUUCCCCUCUCAUCUACCACAGACAUGGACAGCAACCCUGCUCAGCCCACUCCGCUACCUUCCACCUCCUACUCCUCCACAUCCACAGAGACCGUUACAGUCACAGUCCCCCUUGCCAGCACAACCUCUAGCUCUUCCUCUUGGCCCACACCAUCACUUUCUAAUACCGAGGGAGACCAACCGCUAACAUUCACUCUUGUGCCCAUUCCAGAUCCUUCACCGACGCCUGCGCCCGCACCAACAGUUUCAACAGACCACGCCGUGUUCCGGCUCAAGGCGCGAAACCCGUUCGUGUGGCUAGGCUGGACUACGACGCAGAAGGCAGAGGCGACCCAGCGUCCUUCUUCUUCUUCUUCCUCCUCAUGA